AAACAAUAAAAAAAAAACAACAAAAAAAAACCAACAUGAAUAUUGGUUCACAUGUUGAAAUCGAUGACGAUCAGAGAGGCCUGUGUGACUCAUUUCACUGAUCAUCAUCAGUGUUUGAUCACGUCAGUCAGUCUGAUGGAUCAAUAUUUGAACAGCUUUCCGUAUCACAAGUUAAUCAUCUCUGGUCAAACAUCCAUCUAUGAUUUAUAACUAUCUGUCAAUCUGUCAAUUGAAUAACAUCAACCAGUAAACGUGUCGUCACAGGUUGACAAAGAACCAGUCACGCCCCUUCACGAGCUCAUCAGAGCUGCUUCAACCUGGACGGACAACUCCCGGAAGUGUGGUGACAUUUCCUUCAAAAUGAAAUCGCGAUACUCGUUGUGGGGCUGGGAUUAAAUUAUGCGGGAAAUAUAAGCACAACGUGUUAUUUCAAUAUGAAGUGGUGAUUUUUAUCCAGUCCCACAUACAAGAUAACUCGUUUGUGACACAUGUAUUGAUAUGUUGUUAAAUUUUGUCCCAUGCUGAAUUAAAUCAGCACUCAGUCAGUUUCAAACAUAUUUCUUUGCUGCUUAAUUAGUUGCAGCGGUUCAGUUUUCAGCUGGAAAUCUUAAUGUCAUAUUUACAGUCACCAGUUGUAGAGGGUCUGACUCACAACAAACAGACAAAUGAUGAUCAUACACAUGUUGUAACCAGGUGGAACUGUCCUGUUGGGGCUGGUGGUCUGGCCGGGGCCCUGAUGAGGUGUGCAGAGAGUGAUUGGCUGGUAAGAGACAUGAAAACAUCUGGCCUCAAUACAGUUUGACUAAUCAAUUGUUUUUUGUUUUUUUUAACCUUUACCUUUUUAAAUUAUUCAACGUGAAUACAUGCUGACUUUAUGGAUACUGUUAUCUGAAUGGACUUGAUUGAUUUUAUUAAUAGUUUUGAGUUUAUGAAUCAACAAUUUAUUGGGUUUCUCUCCACAUUUCCUGUUCCGAUAAAGUCGACUUCACGCUACAGCUUUUAUUCUGAAAUCCAAAGCGGAAGUGUGCUAGCUGAUUUCGUCACCUUGAUAUUUGGAGCCGAGCCUCUAACGGAAAGUUAGCAGACUCUGAUGAGAGUUAACGUUGACGUGAGCGGAUGGGAAGCUAACGGAGCUAACGGCUAUGUGACGCGACGAGGCUGAAACUGUAAACCGCCUCUUGUUUGAUCCUUACGCUAGUUUCUGGGACUUUUGGCUUGACUUUGCCCGAAUCUCGGUGUCGAAAACUUCGAGAGUUUGCAGUGGGGUUUCGUGAAAAUGGAGCCCAACAGCAGCAGCAGCUAACGGUGAAUUCUCGGGAACAAAUAGUCCAAAGUUCCUCUCUGUCGGAGCUGUCCUCGGGGCUUCCGCAUUAGCCAGCCAGCCAGCUUGAUAACAUUGUCCCCACGGGUAAAGCAGUCAGUCGGUCAGGAUGGCCGGAGACUCGUCCGUUAACUUUAACUUCCUUCACCGGACCUGUAAGCUGGUGGUGUUGCUCUGCUUCCUCCACAUCUCCGUCACUGUCGUCUUCUACGUCCGCUCACUCGACAUCCGGUUCGCUUUUGUCCAGAACCAGCAGACCCAGCACAACGUGACCCAGCCGAACCCGGUCAGGCACACUGAGGUCACCAACAUAACCGAACCGAAGGAGGAAGCCGCCAAAGUCCAGCAGCAGGAGGGGACACAGUCGAAGGGGAGGAAGCCAGAGGAGCCGACGAAGAGGCGGGAGAAGUGCCCGGAAACAUCUCCUCUGCUCGUGGGUCCUCUGCGGGUUGAGUUUAACAACCCAGUGAAUCUGGAGCAGAUCAAGAAGGACAACCCCAACGUGGAGCUGGGUGGACGCUUCAGACCCAAAGACUGCAAGGCGCUGCAGAAGGUCGCCAUCAUCAUCCCGUUCCGCAAACGAGAUGAACACCUCAAGUACUGGCUGCACUACCUGCAUCCCAUCCUGCAGAGACAACAGCUUGACUACGGAGUCUACAUCGUGAACCAGGACGGAGACGAGAUCUUUAACCGAGCCAAGCUGCUGAACGUGGGCUACACAGAGGCACUGAAGGAGUAUGACUACGAGUGCUUUGUCUUCAGCGAUGUCGACCUCAUCCCCAUGGAUGACCGCAACAUCUACAAGUGUUUCAGUCAGCCACGUCACCUGUCAGUGUCCAUGGACAAGUUCGGCUUCAGGUUACCAUACAAUCAGUACUUUGGAGGCGUAUCCUCGAUGAGUAAAGAACAAUUUCUGAAGAUCAAUGGUUUUCCCAACAACUACUGGGGCUGGGGAGGAGAAGACGACGACAUCUACAACAGGCUGGUGUCUAAAGGGAUGUCCAUCUCUAGACCAACGGGUGAGAUGGGGAAAUGUCGGAUGAUUCGACACGACAGAGACAAACAGAACGAGCCCAACCCUCAGAGGUUCGACCGGAUUGCCCACACCAGAGAGACAAUGCACAAAGAUGGGAUUAACUCUCUGACCUAUCAGGUGGUGAAGCUGGAGAAGUUAGACCUGUUCACGAAGAUCACAGUAGACGUCGGGAAACCCUGAUGACGCCAGCUGACAGGAAGUGAUGCAGUGAAACCAAACGUGCCUUUGACGCUUGAAUCUGACGGUUUGGGUUGGCUUGGCCGGCUCAGACAUGCUGGACUCAAACAGCUGUUAAGCUGUUUCUCUUCUUCUUGUUUUUGCACAAACAGACAGACUUGAUGUUUGUGUGUUUUCUCUCUGGACUCGACUUUGAUUGGACGCUGACUGUAACCAAUCAUCUGCCUCCAUCUGUCAGUCAGACGCUGCUGCUGCGACACAUCCUGCACGACACAAUGUUCUGAAAGUCAGUCGGAGACCAUUGGCAUUGCUGGGUCUCAUGAUGCGGGCUUUACUGGUGGGGGGUUUUAUGGGUAAUAAACAGGGCGGGGCUAGAUCUGUUUUGAUCCAAAUCCUGGUUCUGCUCAAUUUUCCACUUUCUAUUGAUCUGGUUCUUAAUGGAUCUGAACUCUUGGUCCAGUCAGAUGACCAAACAGGAUGAUCAAUUAUGAUUAUCUUAUCUGUGCAGCAGGUUCUAACAAUCUAUCAACAGGUUUAUUGACCACUGGUCACUCUGUGGAACCAGAUUCACUGUAGAUUCACUGUAGAACCUGUGUGUGUGUGUGUGUGUGUGUGUGUGUGUGUGUGUGUGUGUGUGUGUGUGUGUGUGUGCGCGCAAAGUUCAUUUUAAUCAAAUGAUGUAUUUAAAAACUGAUCAGCAUUCAACCAAAACAAAAUCAGAAAUCAAUGGAAUGUAUAGUUAAGUGUCCUUAUCAGAUGAUCAGAAAUGCUGGAACCAAAGAAUUUAUUUAACCUGAGCAUCUGUUUAUUGAUCCAAAAUAUCAAUCCUGCAUUACUCAAUCGUGUGUGUGUGUGUGUGUGUGUGUGUGUGUGUUCUGAUGCUGUUUUCUGUCUUGAACGUUAAAUUAGUUGUUGACAGUCUGUUUCUUGAAUGAAACACCAUUGAUGUGCCUUAAUGAGUCCAGUGUAAAUGUUUAACUGCUGGAAGAACCACUCUGUAAAUGUGAUGACGAUAAACAGAAGUGCAGAGCUUA